UUGUGGCUAGAUGUUGAUGUGGGUGGAUAAGCUUUCCGCCAUGGCGAGCGGACACCCGCCACUUGGACUUCAAAUGGUAUUCCGGCAGAAUCUAAUCCACUCCCAUCCCCUAUCUCCCUCCAAAAUCUAGAGUUAGGGUUUCCUCCGUUCCCCCAUUCUGUAGGCUUUUCCACUCUCUGCAUUGAAUCCAAUGGCUGCCGUCUCUGCCACCUCGAUCAGGUUUGGUUCCACCUUCAGGACCGCGAGCUGGAGCAGUAACCAGACAGGUGGAAGGAUUUCGAAUGUGAAGUUGGUUUCUAUGGGCAUAUCAAAGAGAAUCUUACCCUCCUUGAGGUCCCCACACUUCCACAUUUGCUGUGCGGCUAAGCCCGAAACAGUGGAAAAAGUUUGUGAGGUUGUGAAAAAGCAGUUGGCAUUGAAAGAUGAGAUUGUUCUCACUCCUGACUCCAAAUUUUCUGCCCUUGGUGCAGAUUCUCUGGACACGGUAGAGAUAGUGAUGGGUCUGGAAGAGCAAUUUGGCAUCACUGUGGAGGAAGAUAAUUCCCAGAACAUCACUACAAUCCAGGAAGCAGCUGACCUAAUAGAGAAAUUGGUUCAACAGAAAGCUGAGGCAUAGAGAAUUAUGUAAAAUUUGUUGGAGAGGCUUAUAGUGGGAAUUUUGGAUUAGUUUCAUUGUGAUUUAUGGACAUGUUACAUAAUUAACCAUUCUCUCAUUUUUCCAGAAUUUAAACAAUUAUUUUGUAUCUGAGAGCUGUCGGCCCUCAGUCUUUGUUGGAAAAUGAUGAUUGAUUGAUUAGUGUUCCUA